GCUCCCACUCUCUGCUGUUUAAAAAGGCAGGCAGAGCAGCCAGAGGAGCAGAGAGAGAGAGAGACAAGCCUGGACACCAACGACUCUCACCUGAAGCUCACUUGUCACCUUCCACGAUGGUCUCCGCUGCCCUUCUGUGCCUGCUGCUUACUGUGUCCACCUUCAGCACCCAGGUGCUGGCUCAGCCAGCUUCUAUUGCAAAUGUCUGCUGUUUUCAUCUGGGCACUAGAAAGAUCCCCCUUAAGCUACUGCACAGCUACAAAAGAAUCACCAGCAACAGAUGUCCCCAGAAAGCUGUUAUCUUCAAGACCAAACAGGCCAAGGAGAUUUGUGCUGAUCCCAAGAAUAAGUGGGUGCAGGAUGCUAUGAAGUACCUGGACCAAAAUCCCCGCACGCCAAAGCCAUAAAUAUUCACCCUUUGGAGACCACACCAGAGCCUGAGGAAUGCUUGAUUCAUGUUCCCUGGUCUUCCUAAGAUGUGUCCUGAGAUAAUGUCAUCAUUCCGAAAGGAAUGGCGUUUAUUUAAUAACUUUUAAAACCAUAUUGCAUUUAAGUUAUUGAUGUUUUUAAACACAUCUGACAUGCACAUCAAUUGUUUUUAAAUUUUGAAGCUUUGGUCUGGGCCCUUCCCCUCUGUGAGCCCCAAUUCAAUCCCCUGCAAAAGAAUGUUACUUUGUUACUUUGGAGUCAAGUUUCUCCUCUCCUCCCUACCUUCCUGGAAUCUUGUAAGGAUCCUGGCAAAGAUCAUUGAUAUGAGAAUGUUUUGUAUUUUUAAGGAAACCUUGCUCUUGU